GCAGUAUUAAGAUCAAGAGGAAAGAAGCGCCGUUGGCAAGACAGAACUCAUAUUAUCAGCUGAUCAUCACAAAACGUUACCCGCUCAGUGCAGUGCGAGGCGAUGAAGAGGUGGUAGUGUGCCGCUCCGUGACGCACUGGGUGAAAGAGGAGACGGUAACAGACUGUAGGAAUUCACUGGAAGUUAGAGAGGAAGACACAAGAAUCAGUGCCUGGGGUUAGCCACAGGAGACAUGGCACUAUUCCCUGCCUACUCCAAUGAAGACAGUGCAUCCCAACCUGCUGGUGCAUCCUUCUCCUGGCUGUGCAAUGCAAGCUGUCCCCCUGAGGUUGGCCAGCCGCCUCCCAUACAAAGUGUUGCAGCAGAAGAGGGGCUGGCAAUCCCAGAACCUGAAGAAGUGACAGGCAACCUUGCAGAUGCUGUGCCAAGCUCCUUGCAGCACAGGAAGAAGAAAAAGGAUAAAAAGAAAAACAAGAAAAAGAAAAAAAAGAAGAAAAGGAAGAAUGAAUCAAGUGAAGAUUAUUCAUCAUCCAGUGAGGAUGAGAGGAGGUCACAAAAAUCAAGGUCAAACAGUGCAGGAUCAAGGUCAUCCUCCAAGGACAAGAGAGGUAGGACAGCAUCAAGGUCACCAGCAAGGCAGAGGGUGAAGAGGAGGUCAGAAGCAAGAUCAUUGUCGAUAGAAAGAAGAGUGAGGUCACCAAGCAAGAAAAGGAAAAGGAAAUCAAGGUCUAGAUCCGAGUCAAGAGAGAAGAGGCAGUCAGGAUCAAGGGAAAGGUCAAGGUCAGAAUCUAGGUCAAGGAGGAGGUCCCAGUCAAGGUCAAGGAGGAGAUCGAAGUCAAGGUCAAGAAGGAAGUCUCAGUCAAGGUCAAGAAGGAGGUCUCAGUCAAGGUCAAGAAGGAGGUCUCAGUCAAGGUCAAGAAGGAGUUCAAGGUCAAGGUCAAGAAAGAGGUCCUGCUCAGGGUCAAGGAGGAGAUCUAAAUCAAGAAAGAGUUUCCAGUUAAAGUCAAGGCAGAGUUCAAGAUCCAGGUCAAGAAGGAGGUCCUAUUCAAGGUCGAGGUCAAGAAGGAGGUCAAGGUCAAGAAAGAGAUCGCGGUCAAGGUCCAGAUCAACAAGGCGGAGAUCUAAGUCAGGAUCAAGAUCAAGGCAGAAGAGGUCAAGGUCGAGGGGGAGUAUGUCAGGGAGUAAGGUGACGGCCUCGAGGAGCACCCAGCACACACGCGUCAGUGCUGAGAAGAUCUUGUCUAGCAACAAAAGUGUCUUCCUGGAGGACGUGCAAGGGAUCUUGAAGCCAGAGGAGGCGUUCUUCAUUAGUACUGAGGGGGACAGCAACAACAGGACUCUUGCCACCACCCACUACACACAGCUAGCCAGGUACAGGACAAGCACCAAGGGAGAAUUAGGACAUUCACAACAUCACAACUCCAACCAGAAAAAAAAGCCCUUAAGGUAUUUUAAGAAGACUGCUUUGAGAACUCUGUACUCUGACCCCACACCAGUGAAGAGGCUUCUGUCAACCACAGACACUCUACAUGAGAACUACAUGCCCCUUUCUCUCACCUAUGCAGAGGAAGCCAAAGUCAAGAGUGCACCAGCAUCAGCAGUCAACUCUCUGGGGAUAUAUGACAGCAAGACAGAGGAGUACAUAUCUGGCACAGGAGGACUCACCCUUGAGGACAAUAUAGAGACACACCAAGAUGCGGAGUAUGAGAUGUGGCAGAGUAAUGCUAAGAGGUACAAUGAACGGCUGGGUAAAGAGCCACACAAUAUUGCCCUUUGGCUGGAAUUUGUGAGGUUUCAAGACAACUCCUACAAGGUACUCUACCGGGGAGAUGAUGGGAACAACAAAGAUGGUGAGGGGAAGAAACAUAAGCUGACACAAAAGGCUCUGGCUGAGAGAAAGGUUUCCAUACUUGACACAGCCAUAAAGAAGAAUAUGAGGAACCUUGAGCUAUGCUUUGAACGCCUGGAGAUUGGCAAGGACCUGUGGGAUGACAAAAAACUCAAGCAGGAGUGGGAUACCCUUGUUUUCAGUUUCCCAAACAAGAUCAGUGUGUGGCACAAAUACCUGGCAUAUGUACAGACUCACUUCACCUCCUUCAGCCUUGCGUCAGCUGUCCGAACGUUUGGCAAGUGCACGGAGAAGCUGCAGCAGAUGAGGGACGGGGUGUUUCUGACCCAUGCGGCGCCUCAGGACAUUGGCAGGUGUCUGGUGGACGUGUCGAUACAAGUGGCUCACGUGUGGCGCCAGGGUGGCUACAUGGAGAGGUCAAUAGCACUGUUCCAGGCACUGGUGGAGCUCAAUCUCUUCUGCCCCAAGCAUUCCCGUGCCAAGGAUGUCACCUUGGAGGCCAAGCUGGCACUCUUGGAACCUUUCUGGGACUCAAGAGCUGCAAGGUUUGGUGAAGAGAAUGCUGUGGGUUGGGCUCAAGUUAUGCAGAGAAGGGAACCUGUUCAAUUUCCAGAAGUAAUAUUAGAGGGGACAGUUGAUGAGGAUGAUGACCUUAUAGCCCGGGGUGGCACCACCUCCACAUUGUGGCUGGCCCUGGAGACCUCCCGUGAGAUGAGACACUGGCUUCCCUGGGAGCAGGACCCUGAGGACUGUGAGGACCCUGACAGGAUGGUUCCACUGGAUGAACUUUCACCGCAUCUCUUCACUCUCAUCUCAGAUGAGGAGAAAUUUUACCUUGUCCUUCAGUUCCUAAGAUUCCUUGGGGUUCCUGAUAUUGAAGACUCCAGUUGUCAGGGGUUGCCAAGUCCCAAGAAUCCCAAGAGCCUCAGCACCAAGACUGGGGAAGUGUUCAGACCCCUGGUGAUUGAAACACUCAGUGAUGCUAAUUUGUUUGGGAAUCACUUCCACAAGAAACAAAAUGAUGCAGAUAAGAAUUUUUUGAGUUUUGAGUCUGUUGGCCCCUCUGUCACCAUGCCUGUGUGUGAUGCAUAUUACCAGUUCCUAUGUAGGGCAGUCCAACAAGCAGCCAGUGUGUUUGAGCUCCAGCACAGAAGGUACUUAACUCUCCUGCACAUUAAAUUGCUGGGCACUCACUACCAAGCCAAGGUGCUGACUGGGAAUGAAGGCAAGUUGAAGAGUCUGGGGAAGGAAAUCAAGAAGCAAAUAAAAAGCAUUUUGAAGUCAGACGAGUUCAGAACAUGUUUGCCUGUGUACCAGGAGUAUGGGAAGGUGGAAGAGACAAUGGGUCAUGUGGUAGAGGCUGAGAAUGUUUAUGUUACUGCCUUGACAGUUGGUACAGCCUCUGGCAAAGCACUAGAAUCAAACAAUGAAGACUUCAGUGCAGUAAUGGAUCUCUAUCUUUCUUACAUUCAUCUCGAAAUGGAUCAAGAAGUCAACAUCCGCAGUGGAUGUCACAGUAACAACAUCCUGCAGUCAGUUUGUUCACUAGUCAUUGAAGGAAAGUUUGUAACACCAGAUGGGUCACUGCCACUUGGUGGAAAUCUUUUGAAAGCCAAGAAAAAAUUACUUCAACUGCAAGAUCAUCACAGCCUCUCAGUAAUUGAUAUGAGCAAUAGUGACACUCAGAAAGAAAACGAAAAGAUUCUUGCCAUCAAAGCAGUGACUUUCCUUGCCCUCAUACAGCUUCUCACCAUCGGCUUCCGUCCAGCGUGUCUUGUGUUUGAAUCCACCAUAGAGAAAGUCAGUGAGGCGGCGUCUCUAAAAUUGGAGGACACACCUCUACCCUCAGAGGGCAAGACUAAUACCAGAAGCACAAAAAAAGAUCAUAGUAAAACUAUUAAAGCAAAGAUCUUAGAGUGCUUGUAUGAAGAUUAUUUGUGGAUCAUUGAGGCUUCAGGACACCUGGGGCACCUGGUGAAGGAUGGCAGGAUGUCACCAGUGUGCCUGAGGUCUGUUCUCACUGCUGCCCUCAAGGCUGCACCAGAGAACCCAAGAUUUCUACUCCUCCUUGCUCAAAACCAGAGUUGGCGUAACCUGAUAGGUGGACUUGAGACACUGUCCUCAGAGAGGUGCUCCAUCAUCACCCUGGUGUCCCAGCUGCUGCCUCACAUCCACAAGACCAUCACCCUCAUCACUCACACCAGCGAUGGAUUGCUGAGCUGUGGUCACAGGCUGGAGAGCAUGCUGGAGCAGGCUGUGAGUAGGCCCCCUGGAAGCCACUGCCCCCUGCUAUGGAGGCUGUACCUGGCCUUGGUUGCUGCCACUCGACCCAAAGGACUCAAGAACCUCACAUACAGGGCCCUGGUGCACUGCCCAGGAGUCAAGAGUGUGUACCUGGACUGUGUGCGACUGCUGCCCGGCAUGCUGAGAGAGGUGGUGAAACUCAUGACAGAGAAAGGAAUGAGAGUGAGGCUUCCACUUGAGGAGCUGGAGGUCCUAACUGAGAAGGAACUGGAGUUUGAGGAUGAAGAUGACAGUGAAAGCUCCGACAGUGAAGAGGAGGGGGAGAGUGUGCCUUAAUGGUAGGUUGGUUUAGUAGUGCAGUGAAGAUUAUUAUUGUCGUCUUCAUCAUCAUCAUCACCAUCACCACCAUCAUCAUCACACCAUCAUCACCACCACCACCACCACCGCCGCCGCCGCCGCUGCUGCCACCACCAUCACCACCACCACCACCACCAUUGUGUGGUUGUGAAUAUUGAGUGGGUGGAGGUGCAGGAAAGAAAUGGUAGUAGUCGGUUAAUAAAGGUUCAUAUGAAGAAAGGAGAAUUAUAUUUUCUAAAUAAGUUUAUUUAUAUUUCACACAAAUGUCACUUUCUUAAUCAUUUUGGCCACUGAGACAUGUUCACUCAUCUGUUAGGGAGAGGCUUAGCCACACACUGGCUGCUGAGUCUCCCACACCAACUUGAGUGCUGCAUAAACACAUCCUGUAGAUAUCACAUUUAUGAGGUAUAGGUAAAGAAUAUGCAUCUAUGUACAUCUGUAUAUCAUGCUGCCAUCUCCUAUAAGGUGGGCAUAGCCAAGACAUGACACCAUGCGUUGUCUCAGCAGUAAGAUUACAGAGGAGGGACCUCCAGGCCCUUCACUGUGUCUGUAUUAUGACUCGCAAGGAAUAUUGUGGCAGUAUUCUUCCUACCUGACUGUGUCCCUCUACCUUAGGGGGUUGUGUAAAAUAUAUUGAGCAUAAAUAUACAUCUAAGUUGUAUGUAAAA